AUGCCGUCGUCGUCCUCCUCGGACCACCACAAGCCCCGUCUGCUUCUUCCUCUUCUUCUGGUGCCAUCCUCUGGAGAUGGGGCGCACAACAGUGACAGGAUCGAGCUCGUCCUCCUCUUCAACCACCGUCUCUUCUCCGACGAACCCCGCCACCGUCUGCAGCUAGAAAGCUAUCACCGGCCUUUCUUGAGCCACCCGCCCGCCAGCAGCUGUUGUCCCUGCGCUCAAGCACCCCCGAGCACCCCGUGCUGCUGCCUCCCGCCUGUGGCUCGCCGGCCUCGCUCGCCCCACACUCCGUCGCUUGCCGUGCCCGCCUCCGGCCGCGCGCCUGGCCGCGUCGCCGUCUCCACCCACUGCUACUGCUCCACCAACGGGCCAAGCCCGCCUCCCCUCGCGUGUACCUGCAGUUGCAGCUACUGCUGCCGCCACUGCCUGCACCCGCCGCGACCGCAACCUCCUAUGGUCGUGCACCCGGCGCCAGCCCUCAUCACGACCGCUGCCGCUCGUACACCUGCACAGUCGCGCUGCCCGCCGCUCGCACUGUUGCUCGUCGCCGCCCCGCACUGCAGCCCGUCCCGGUCGACCUUCCUCCCCACGGCUGCCCCAGCACGUGCCCCGCUCGCCGCCCGUCUCGCGCCCUCGCCGCCGCUACCGCCCGCCGGCGUUGGCGCCGCGUCGGCGCCCAGGCACGCCCGUGCCCUGUUCGGGCGGGCGCCCACGCCCACGCCCCUGCGCCCGUUACACCCGCCGCCCGGUUGGUCCGAUGGGCCACUGCCAGCGGGGCCCCACGCCCCCUUUUGA